AUGCAGAAACAGAUGAAAAGAGGAGUUUCUCUGACAAUGGAGAUAAAUGAAGAGUGGGUCCUUGAGAUAUAUGAGUGGUUGAGGAUGGCUUCUAGGGUUCUUCUUCUUGCGCUUCUUGGUGCCCUUGUUUGCACCAUUGAUGCAAGGAAGCUUGGGAGUGAGAAGGGUAGUUUUAGGGAUGAGAAGAACUUCUUUCAUCAUCCAGGGUUUGGAGGAGGUGUAGGAGGAGGAGGUGGAGGUGGUUUUGGUGGUGGGGGAGGAGGAGGAUUAGGUGGUGGCUCAGGAGGAGGUUUUGGUGCUGGUGGUGGUGCCGGUGCUGGUGGUGGAGCCGGAGGAGGAUUUGGCGGAGGUGGCGGUGGAGGAUUUGGUGGCGGCGGUGGAGCUGGUGGAGGAGCCGGGUUUGGAGGAGGAUCCGGCUUUGGAGGUGGUGCUGGUCUAGGUUCUGGUGGAGGCCUUGGAGGAGGUGGUGGAGGAGGGUUUGGAGGCGGUGGCGGUGCUGGUGGUGGACUCGGUGGUGGCGCCGGUGGAGGAUUUGGUGGGGGAGCUGGUGCUGGAGGUGGAGGUGGAUUUCCUUGA